CAAGUGUUUCUUGUUUCCUCCGGUAAGCGGACCGCUGCUGGAAGGAGCAAAUCAAAAUGGCGAGUCAGGAGGAGUCAGUGAGGGAGUUCGUUGCUGUUACCGGCGUAGAGGAGGAGAGGGCCCGCUUUUUCCUGGAGUCCGCCGGUUGGAACCUGCAGCUGGCACUCGGCAGUUUCUUUGAGGAUGGGAACGAUGAUGACAUCAUCACGAUUCCUCAGCCGGAGGGCGGCUCCUCCGUGUCUCGAUCUACUGGGCCCAGUAGUCAGCCCAGGGUGACCUCCUUCAGAGAUCUGAUGCAUGAGGCAGAGGAUGAAAGCGAUGAGGAGGAAGGUCAGCGGUUUUUCGCGGGGGGAUCAGAGCGCAGCGGGCAGCAGAUCGUUGGGCCUCCAAAGAAGAAGAGCUCCAACGAGGUGGUGGAGGAUCUGUUCAAAGGGGCCAGAGAACACGGCGCCGUGCCGCUGGAGCGCAGCGGGAAAGGCCCAGGAGAAACCAGCAAAGCCAGGGCCUUUGUUGGCGGCGGUUACAGGCUGGGAGCAGCUCCUGAGGAGGAGUCGGCCUACGUGGCGGGAGAGAGGCAAGGCGGCAACAGCCAGCAAGACGUCCAUGUGGUGCUGAAGCUGUGGAAGACAGGGUUCAGUCUGGAUAACGGUGAACUUCGGACCUACAGCGACCCUGGAAAUGCAAACUUUCUGGAGGCAAUCAGACGUGGGGAGAUUCCUCUGGAGCUGAGGCAGCGCGCUCGAGGAGGCCAGGUCAACCUGGACAUGGAGGACCACAGAGACGAGGACUUUACCAAGCCCAAGGUGGCCUUCAAAGCCUUUGAAGGAGAAGGACAGAAGCUGGGAAGGCCUGGGUGUUUAUUUCUCCCCGUGUGCCUCAGGGUUUCCGACCUGCGGCAGUUCGUGGUGUUGGCGCGGCCAGCGAUGGCGGCCAGAGAGUUCGUUCUGAUGACCACCUUCCCCAGCAAGGAGCUGACAGACGAGAGCCAGACGCUGCAGGAGGCCAACCUCCUGAACGCCGUCAUCGUUCAGAGGCUAAAGUGAGGCUGGGAUGAGGCUCCGCCCCCAUUCCUCCGCUUCCCUCACGCCGGAGCGCCGAGGGAGCAGAACACAUGGACUUACACGGACUUCUAGUUUCUGAUGGGUUUAUUUCUGAAAUUAAAUAAAAGAUCUUGCUUCCCGUGCCCUCCCUCCUUUCCAUCCCCCCCCCUCCCCCCAUCAGAGUGCAGAGGGCUGAAACGUUGAACCAUCCUGCAGAUGUUUCCCCUCAAAGUACCGGCCCUGCUGAAGGAAUGUGAUGCUGAUGGCAAACGAUUCGUCCAGGGAGACUCACUAUAAUGUCUACUAACCGUCAUCCGGCCUCUGAACAAAGUUCUGAGCUUUCGGCAGCAGCUGAGCUGCUGCUUUACACAUUAGAUUUAUCAUCUUUUCCUUCUCCACAGAUAAACAACAAUGAUACGAUUCUGUUCCUCAACCCACUGAUACCAGUAGCCUUACUCUUCUUUCUCCAGCGCCGCCCGCUCCCUUUGUUCAGAGAGGAAGAAUUUAUUUUUUUAAAAUGCCUUUGUUUAUUUUCUUUCUCCAUUAAAGAUGCUUCGCCCAGUUCAGACAACAGCAUGUUGAUGGAGUCUGACGCCACUGGUGGAACAAAAGAGGUUAAACACACUGGUUUCAUUUAGUCAAAUCUCAAUUCUUGUAACGACGACAUGUUCUAUGCAUCCUGGGGAAACAAAUGUUUGGGUCUCCAGUGAAAUAAACUCAUUUUAUGGUUGA